GCCCUAUUCUUUCAGCACCGGAAGCUGCGUAAAGUAUCCGAAAGGAAAAAAACGUACACAACGAUGGAGGGAGGCGAUUCAGGAGGACGAUCUGGCUGGAAAUUCAAGCCAGCUCAGAAGAACAAGAUGAGUGUAAAUAUUUUGCGACAGGAGGAGCUGAUCGCGCAGAAGAAACGGGAAAUUGAGGCGAAGAUGGCAGAGCAAGCUAAGAACAGCUCACAGACACCCAACAAGCCACUCCCAGCAAGUUCACCAAGUUCACAAGGACCCUCUUCCAACAAAUUUACCAAUGAUGGAAGCUUCCUACAGCAGUUUCUGAAGAUGCAAAAGGAGAAAUCAAGUGCAGAGUCAGGAUCUAACAGUGAGCCAAAAAACCAGGCGGCCACCACCCCUGGGCCGUCAGGAGGCACUCAGCCCCAGAAGAAGAACAUUCUUAUCGGAAAGAGGCCUGGCCUGGGCAUUAGCAGUAUGCUCAGCCAGUUUAAGAAUUAUGCCCAGGCAAAGAAGACUCCGCCCCGCCCCCCUCGACCAAGUAUCUUCCUCUCACCAGAUGAAGAGGAUGAGGAAGCUGAUGAUUCACAUUACUUGGAGGUCAAAGUUUCCCCCCCAGAGGACCCCGAGACGCGCACCAUCCUGGACAAGAUGGCUGUGUUUGUGGCGGAAGGGGGGCCUGAGCUAGAGAGGAAGGCCAUGGAGGACUACAAAGAUAACCCAGUUUUCUCGUUCUUGUAUGAUAAAAACAGCCGGGACUAUCUGUACUACAGACGGAAAGUGGCUGAAAUAAGAAAAGAAAACCCCAAACCAGAGACGCCCUCACGUGUCAAUGUCUCCCCCCCAGUGGACGAGGAAACACAGCGAGUGGCCGAAAAGCUGGCCAGGUUUGUGGCGGAUGGCGGCCCGGAAGUGGAAGCCAUCGCCGCCCAGCACAAUCGGGACAACCCAGCCUUCAGGUUUUUGUACGAGCCUCAUAGUGCAGCCCACCGCUUCUACAGAGACAAGGUAGAAGAGUUCCGGCGGGGGGCGCAGACUCAGAGCCCCCCACCACAGGCCAGGGAGCCUGCGGUGGGACAGAAGAGGCCGGCUGCCCCUCCUUUGAGCACGCCACCCCCUCCUCCGCCCCCCCACUACCCGCAUCUGGUGAGCUCCAUGAGUCCUGCUCCAGCCCAGACGCAGGCCAGUGAAGCUCCCACUGCUGCUAAGAGGAAGAGGAAGAGCCGCUGGGGUUCUGAAGAUGACAAAGUAGACAUUCCCCUGCCUCCCAUCAUCAUCCCACCCGAGACUGAACCCGAGCCAGACACCCCCAGCCUCUCUGCCCAGGAGCUGAGGGGUCUGGGAUACAAGAAGGGCAAGCCUGUGGGAUUGGUGGGAGUGACGGAGCUCUCUGAGGAUCAAAAGAAACAACUCAAAGAGCAGCAGGAGAUGCAGGAAAUGUUUGACAUGAUCAUGAAGCACAAGCGGGCCAUGCAGGAGAUGCAGGUGAUGUGGGAGAAGGCAGUGCGGGACCACCAGCAUGAGUACGACAGCGACGAGGAGGUGGACUCGCAGGACGGCACCUGGGAGCACCGUCUGCGGCAGAUGGAGAUGGAGAAGACUCGCGAGUGGGCAGAACAGCUGACUGAGAUGGGUAAAGGGAAGCACUUCAUUGGUGAUUUCCUGCCACCUGAGGAGCUGGAGAAGUUCAUGGAGACCUUUAAGGCACUGAAGGAAGGCCGUGACCCAGACUAUUCUGAGUACAAGGAGUUCAAGCUGACAGUGGAGAACAUCGGCUUCCAGAUGCUCAUGAAGAUGGGCUGGAAGGAGGGAGAUGGGCUGGGCUCUGAUGGACAGGGCAUAAAGAACCCUGUCAACAGGGGCACCACUGCAGUGGACGGGGCAGGAUUUGGAGUGGACCGACCUGCAGAGCUGACCAGCAAUGAUGAUGAAUAUGAUGCCUUCCGCAAGAGGAUGAUGCUGGCCUACCGUUUCAGACCCAACCCCUUGAACAAUCCGAGGAGACCGUACUACUGAGGAAGGCAGCCAAGAGUGUUACGAUGAUUUAUUCUUUCUUUCUGGGUUUCUGACAUCCUCACCAAGAUUGGAGAAAGUUGAGUCAGUUGAAGAUACUGAAUGAGUGGAAAACUUUCUGUAAUGGGCAUUUAGGUCCCAGAAUAGAAUCAUUUAGUGUUCUUUGUGAAAACAAAUUCCUAGCACAAAAUCAUGGGUGAUGUGGAUGAAGCCACCCUUGACA